CACAUGAUGAAACUCUGAAUGAUUUCAAGCAGGAACUUUGUCUCCUCAACUCACAUCUUCUAUUCUUUAUUCAGACUGAUUCACUGCAAGUUGUUAGAGAUCAGCUGUGAUUCUCUGGUCUCAGCUCUGAAGUCCAACCCCUCCCAUCUGAAACAUCUAAACCUGAGUGCCAACUUCAAUCUGCCAGAUUCAGGAGUGAAGCAUCUGUGUGGUUUCCUGGAGAAUCCAGAAUGCAGCCUGGAGACUCUGGAAUUGAGCAGCUGCCGGUUGUCAGAGAUCAGCUGUGAUUCUCUGGCCUCAGCUCUGAAGUCCAACCCCUCCCAUCUGAAACAUCUGGACCUGAGUCACAACAACGUGCAGGAUUCAGGAGUGAAGCAUCUGUCAGAUCUUGUGGAGAGUCCAGACUGCAGUCUGCAGACUCUGAAAAUCAGCGACAGGGUGUUUGAAGCUCCCAGAAACAAAACCUGUGUCUCUGACGUCAAACUGGAGCUGAACACAGCAAACACAGAGCCUGACCUUUCUGAGGAUGAACCAAAGCUGAUGAUGAGUUCAUCGAGCUUCACUCCUGAAAUGCAAACUGAGUCUGUACAGAUCUUAUACAGGUAAUCACAUAUCAACAUCACUUUACACUGUUUCAGCUGCUUUCAGUCUCUCCCUCUUAGCACUGACACUGAUAACCACAUUACUGGUUCCACAGUAAGAUCCUCCAAAGCUUUGUUUGAAGAAGCUGCUGUACUUGUAGCAGUAAUCAACCACCUGAUAAAUGUGA